AAACGCAACGAAAGUAGUGCAGAACUCAAGAUUCCAUAUCUGAUCAUCGUCACGAGAUUAUUCUCAAGAUCUCCAUGAAUAUGGCUACGUUAUCACCGAGACUAUGCCCUAAACCCUACAGGAACAGAUGCGUAAGCUUGCCGGUUCGGUCGCAUCCUUGUGUCGGCAAGAUUCAAGAACAGCUUUGCAAACUAAGAUCCAUGUCCGAGAUUUCGUGGAACUCGAAGACGACGAUCUUGACCUGUCUAUCUGGCCUGACUGGUCUAUACAGAUGCUUCGACGAUCUGUUCAAAUCCUCUGAUAUCCAACAAAUUCUCGCUCAGGCACGACACCAGAUCUUGACGAACCAGCUUCUUGAAGUGUCGUUGAAGUACUUGGACGUUUGCAGCAGCGCUAAGGACGUGGCGGGGAAGAUCAAGAAGAACGUUUUGGAGCUUCAGUCCGCUCUGAGGAGAAGCAAAAAGGGCGGGGAAAUCUGCAUCGAUGGCGAUGUCAAUGCUUACGUCGGAUCGAGAAAGGAGAUCAAGAAGGAGAUUGCCAGAUCUUUGGUGUUGACGAAAGAGACAGAGGCAAUAACGUUGGAGGGUUUUCCGCUGUUACGGGAAGUGAACCAUCAGGUCUCGGCCAUGGUUAAGGUUAUGCAAGAGACGAGUGAUAUGUCUUGUGUCGUGUUCCACUCGGUCUUGACGUUCUUGUCAUCGCCCGGGGUCAAGCCUAAGCACAGAGGGUGGGGACUGGUUCUGAAAUUCGUGAAGAAAGGGGCCGAAGGGAAAGGGGAGAAGGGUUUCUGCCACGAGCUGGAAGCCAUGGAAGCCGAGCUAGGGAAGCUCGUGAAUGAAGCCGAAACGGAAGAAAACGAAGAGCACGAGAAGAUUCAGCGUGCGUUGGUCGGAUCAGAGGCUGUGGAAUCCGCCAUGGAAGAGCUCGAGGAAGGUCUUGAAGGUCUGUUCAAGGCAAUGAUACAAGCAAGAGUCUCGCUUCUGAACAUUUUAUCCAUUUAAAUCAAGAUUCAUCCGCGGUUCUUCUGAAAAAGCUCCGUUUAAUCGAAUCCGUCGAGCUUGAACCCGAGUUUCUUGAUCUAAUGACAGCCUUUUUUUCUUCAGACAGAUCCUUUCUCUUGAUCUGUUUUUUUUUUGGUCGUGUCACGUGUGAGAGUGUCUGGUCUGCAUCCGUGUUUUAGAGGAUGCUGGAGAAAGUGUUGAAACUUGUUCAUGGUGUAUUGGUGUGUGUAUGUGUGUAUGUAUACGUCUCAUAUAUCGUUUCUGUGUGUUGUCAUAUUUGUAGGUAUAGCUAGAGGCUAAUCUACGUGAUGAUUCUGUGUAUGCAUCUUGUAUUAUUAAUAAACGAUGUUUGCUUUCCUC